GCUCUGGACCUGUGCGUGCAGCUCCUGGAAAUGGGAGAGACGGCUUUGAUCAUGUCAGAUGCAAAGUACUGCUACGGCGCUCAGGGCAGGAGCCCUGAUGUCCCACCAAACGCGGCCCUCACCCUGGAGGUGGAGCUGCUGGCGGCUCGGGACGCGCCGGACCUGGAGCUGCUCAGCGGGAAGGAGAAGAUAGAGCUGGCCAACCGCAAGCGGGAGCGUGGCAACUUCUUCUACCAGCAGGCAGAUUACGUGCUGGCCAUCAACUCCUACGAUAUCGCCCUCAAGGUCAUAGGCUCCAGCUCAAAAGUCCACUUCAGCCCGGACGAGGAGGCUGAGCUGCUGGAUGUGAAGGUGAAAUGUCUCAACAACCUGGCAGCGUCUCAGCUUAAAUUGGACCAUUACGAGGCAGCCCUAAAGUCCUGUAACCUCGUCCUGGAGCACCAGCCGGGGAACAUCAAGGCUCUCUUCCGAAAGGGCAAGGUCCUGGCUCAGCAGGGCGAAUACAGAGAGGCCAUCCCCAUCUUAAAGACAGCGUUGAAGCUGGAGCCUUCAAACAAG